AUGCCCGCACAUGUCUGGUACAAGGCCCUCCGGGAUGUCUGGUACUCGUUUGGUCCUUCGUUCCAGUCACAACUGGAGGUCGAGGCCGUGGCCGGUCAGCGAACCAACCGAGGUUUGAUUUCCUUUUCAGAGCCCCCGUCUUCUUAUCCUCAGUCGCCUUACUCAGUCCACCCCGUGGCGAUCGAUGGUUGUCUUCAGUCCGGGGCCGCCUCGCUGUGGAAGGGCAUCCGCAGCGCCGUGCUAGAUGAUCUUCUCAUCAACGCUCGGGAUGUUGCGGCAGUACCAGUUGCGGUUGCAGCAGCCUCAGCUGAGUUCUCCGGAGUGGGCAGCCCCGAGGAAGCCCACAACUAUAAUUCACAUAUACAGGUCUUUGGCCCGGCAAGUAAACGGCUACUGCUUAAGGUCACGGGCUUGUGGUACCACAAACUCGAUGCUAGCUCCGAGUCCCCUGAAAGGCUGCAUACCUUUAUGCGUUUGCACUGGAAGCCGCAGAUGUCCAUUUUGAGCGACGGGCAGAUACGUGCGCUGGUUCAGACUCGUCGUUCGCUGCAAAAGUCCAGGCCACACCACGAUCCAUCAUCGCCAUCACACAAGCAGUGGACCCUUAUGGAGCUCCUCCACGAGAAGCAUUCCCUUCAGGUGGUGGAGUUCAGCACGCUGCCAUUUGAGGGAAGUGUCGGGCGGGAUAUGUUCGACGGCGAUCUGUCCCUCGCAGAGGGAAAUUGCAAAUACCAGUUUAUGCCGAAAAACCUGGCUUCGCUACGUGCCUCGCAGCCCUUGUUGACGGAGACAUACCCUCAGGCUCAGAUGAACAUGCUCGAUGUGACUAAGCCUGAUGUAGAUCUGUCCAUGCUACCUGACAUGCUUGAUUUGGCGAUCCUUCAGCUGGGGCCCGUCUCUAGCUCCGAUUUGGCGAAUGCCCUGGCCAAUGUUAGGCGAGCCAUGACACCGGCAGCAUAUCUUUUGGUUCUUGGAACGUUCCUGGUCGAUGUCACGGAGGAUGCGGGCAGCGCAUCAGUCAUCAGCGGUGAGGACAGCGAUUCUGGCAGCUCAGACUGGUCGAUGGUCGGAGGUUCAUCGUCCCAGAUUCCUGAGUUUCUGCGUGGCCAGGGCUUCGAGCGAGUGGUUCCUCUUGCACAGGACAGCUUGCCAAAGAACACGGCAUUUCUCGCUCAGCUUUCAUCAGACAAGACCAUUGUCUGCCCCCCGCUUGCGACGACUUCAGAGGUAACAGUACUUCAUCUCACCCCAGAAGAUAAGCCACUAGUGAAACAGCUGGCCAUCCCCGGGAAAGCGCCGAGCGAGCAAAACCUACCCCUUCCCGCUGCGGUUAUCGCGCCCAGCUCAGUCGUUGUGAUCGUGGACGAGGUUUAUUCGGCGACCCUGAAUGAGGUGACACCCAUACAAUGGCAGGCAAUCCAGCACCUCACUGCGUCGGGCUGUAAGAUUUUUUGGGUGACAAGCGGCGCCCAACUAGACGUGAAACAUCCGGAUCGCUCCCUGGCCUACGGCAUGUCAAGGGUCAUCCGUGCCGAAGACCCCUGCGUGUACUUCACUCUGCUGGAUGUCGAAUUCGCCGUCAGCACUGGCUCCCUGGAAGCAAUCUGCCGGACCAUUCUCUCCCUUCAGCAGGGCCAUCAGACGCAGGACCACGAAUUCGUCGAGCGCGAUGGGGUGGUGCACGUCAGCAGGGUCUACCCAGACACACAGAAGAACGCAGACGCCGAACAAGAAGACGCCAUCACCACCACCGCCGCCGCUCUUCCACCAGCUCAGCGGACCCAGAUCUUCACGAACAUCCCUCUCUCCAGCUCCCCCGUCCCUCUCCCGGAUGACUUCAUUGAAGUCGAGAUGCAUGCGGCGGGGCUUAACUUCGAGGACGUGGCGACUUGCCUGAAGAUCGUGCCUGAGAAUCCGUACCUCUUGGGCCUCGAGGGCGCUGGCGUGGUCUGCCGACUAGGUAAGGGAGUCACCUCGUUUCGCGUCGGACAGCGCGUCCUCGUCAACCGCCGCGGUAGCUUCGGCAACAAGGUCCAAUGCCCCGUGCAAGGCGCGCACGCCAUCCCAGACAGCAUGAGCUUCGAGGAAGCUGCUUUCUUGCUGGUCGUUUACUUGUCCGAGAUCCGCGGUCUCUUCGACCUGGCCAACCUCCAUCGCGGUCAGUCUGUGCUUAUCCACUCCGCAGCUGGCGGCGUCGGGCAGGCCGCCAUUCAGAUCUGCCAGGCCAUGGGUGCCGACAUCUAUGCCACCGUGGGUAACGACGCAAAACGCGCAGUGCUGACCCAGCAGUAUAAUAUCCCACCGGAGCGUAUAUACUCUUUGCGGACGGCGGCCUUCGCGCCGCGAAUUUGGGAGGCAACACGCGGCCGUGGCGUGGACGUCAUCCUGAAUACACUGGCCGGCCGACUGCUGGGCGAGUCGUGGCGCAUUGUCGCGGCCGGCGGGUGUCUCGUCGAACUUGGCAAGAAGGAUAUCCUUGGCCACGAUUGA